AUGGUGAAGACAAGAGUGGAUGAUGUUUGUGGGAUGGAGCGCGCACAUUUAAAGGCUGCGUUUCGGCGUGAGACCUCACAGAUCCGUUGCGCGUUCACAGCCAUGUCUAAAAAUCACAGUGAGGACUUUACCCGCAAGGGAAGCGAAGUUGCACGGGAUAUUUAUAUGAGAUCAUCAGAAGUUAGGACUGAUCGACCUGAUCCGAAUUCUCCAUCUGCUUUACCUCAAACCAUGACAUCUGACGCUCUCCAAUGCAAAGCAGUUUGCGCAAGGUGCAAAGGAGACAUCUUAGACAGAUUUCUUCUCAAGGUAAAUGAACUGUGCUGGCAUGCGCAAUGCCUAUCAUGCACCGUGUGCCAAACGACCUUGGGCGCACACGCGAGCUGCUACAUCAGAGGAAAAGAAGUCUUCUGCAAACUAGAUUACUUCAGGAGAUAUCGGACGUUGUGCUCGUGUUGUUGGGAGACCGUUCGCUCCACAGACUGGGUUCGCAGGGCAAAGGGAAACGUUUACCACCUGGCGUGUUUCUCCUGCUUCACGUGCAAGAGGCAGCUGUCCACGGGCGAUGAGUUUGCUUUGAUGGGUCAAAAAGUGUUGUGUAGAGUGCAUUACAACAGCGUGCUGGACAAACUUAAAGGGGCCGUUGCAAAAGGGAAAACUUUCUGCCCUGAAGAAUACGAGGUAAACCAAAAGCCACCUAAAAGAGCGCGCACCAGUUUCACCACAGAUCAGCUACAGAUCAUGCAGACCCAGUUUGCCCAGGACAAUAAUCCAGACGCACAGACGCUUCAGAAGCUGGCUGAACUAACUGGACUCAGUCGCCGCGUUAUUCAGGUCUGGUUUCAGAACUGUCGGGCCCGCCAUAAGAAGCACAUCCCUCCACAACAUUCAGCACCUCCAAACAGCGGUCUGUCUGCUCCGCAGCCGGGCCACAUCUCCCAGCCCACCCUUAACACCCUGAAUUACACAAUUCAUAGGGUCCCAAGCACACCUCUAUUUACAGCACUACACUCCUGCAUUGAUGUGCACACACCAUCAUCACUGCUCUAUCAGCCCUUACUGUCCCACCAAUCAACACAUCUACCAAUCAGCAGUAGCUAAACCUUCAAUCACUCGCUCUCUCUUGCUUUCUCGCUCCUAUUUUCAUUCUCUCAAGACAGGAUUUUUUAUUAUUCUAAAAUGCAAUUGUAAAUUGCUUGCCAGCAAUCAUAGCCACAUCUGUGACGCUAUAACUGAAAACAUUUUGUUUGUCGUGGUACCUACAACAUAAGGAUUGUUAUCAAUACAGCACAAGCAGAAUUUCAGUGUCAGGGUUGCGUAAAACUACAUAAAUUGUUGCACUCAAUUCAAUGCAAGAAUGUUAUCAACAGAAUGUCUGGUCAAAUUUUUUUUAUUAAUAAUGUAUGUUUAAAGACAACUGUUUAUUUAUUAUUUUGUGUUCCAAUUCCAUGUGGCCUAAAUAAAUAUAAACUAUUGUUGUAUCACAAACUCUUUAUUUAUGAAACUUAUUGUCACAUGCACUCAGAUUAUAUCAUAGAACGUUAUGCACUGCAAAAUGUCUUAAUUUAACAAGAUAACCAAAUAUGUUUAGCACACAGUAAAUUACAAAGAUUAAAGUGUUUCAAAAUGGUUUGACAAAAGGAAGUUUGUUUGACACCUUUAGAGACCUAACUUAAACUUGGCCAACUCAAGAUAUAGUUUGGCUGAAUAACAUUUCCAGCCCAUGUUUUUACAAUAAUACAUUGAAACGUUGUUUAAAAACAACACGAAACUGGUUAAGAAUGCAUUUUCAUUCAAGUAUUUAAAAUAUUCCUUUCAAACUAUAAAAAAGAAAAUUAAAAUAAUGCAUUUUUCCCCUAUUUGCAUAAAAGUAAUUCAAACAUUAUACAGUAAAAUUGCUCGCAAAUGACUUCAUUUAAUCUACAUGUGUCUAUGAGCAAAAAUGAUUCUAAAUCACUACCGAGAGUAAGUAACACUAAAUAAUUAAACAAUUCAAUGCAGAAGUCUUUUGUUGGUUUAAGCGGCUCAAGUGUGAGCAGCAGUCACAAUGAAGGCAGACUCUGAGGGGUUGUAACCUCAAUGGUCAAGAACACUCAAUCUGACGAGAAACUCCGAGCUAGAAGGAUGAUUAACAAACAAAAAAUAAUAGUAAGGGAAUAAAUACAAUGAUACUCUCUGCACAGCAGAAAAGAGCUCAUAUCAACAUGUGGUUAUAUUUAAGAGUUGUGAGGCACUUCAUCCGAACUGCAAUUAUAACCCACAACUUAAAACAAGUUAGGAAUAAUUCAUGUAGUGAAUAGCGAAUUAGCGCGUCACCUGUAAUUUUCUCAAUAUGAGAGAAGUGGAAGAUUCACCCUACAGGGGUGUGAACGCAAGCGAUAUUCAUAUAUAGAGCAGAAAAUUGUUACAUGACUCCCUCUCUCUAAAUGGCGGUUAGGAAGUAAAAAGGAGUAAAUUAUCUUCAUCAAAUGGAUAAUUAAAAGCAUCUAAAAGUCAUGCAACAUACUCGCGAUAUGACACCGACAUUUAUACAACACUGUAUAGUUGUAAGAAAGGCUUAUCAUUUGUAAACCGAAUCGGCAGACCUUUUUCUUUUAGGUUUUCUGCACUCAUUUUUAGGAAAAAAAUCUGCGGAAUAUAUUUAAACAUGGUAAAGUGUGUUAAAGAUCCAGUGUGUAAUAUUUAGGAGGAUCUAUUGACAGAAAUGCAAUGCAAUAUAAUAACUAGGUCUUCAGAGGUGUAUAAAGACCUUACAUGAUUAAGCGUAAUGUUUUUAUACCUUAGAAUGAGCUAUUUCUAUCAACAUACACCGCGGGUCCCCUUACAUGGAAUUCGGGUGGAGUGAACCGUUAGUUGCAACUCACAACCUCACUGCUAGAUGCCGCUAAAAUCUCCACGUUGCUCCUUUUAAUUGUAGCAGACUGUAUGACACUCUUAUUUGGUAGCAGAAGACACAAACAAACAUUUACUCAAAUAAUUUAACAAGAACAUAUACAUUUGUGAAUGAUGGAUGUGGAAAUCCAUGGAGCUGUGUGUGUGUGGGCCUGCUUAUGUGUGACCGGACACCAUAACCAAAACCCUCAUAUUUGUACAUUUGGCCAUAAAAUACUGCUUGGGCUUAAGUUACCAGCCUUUAAAGUCAAUGCCUUUUUCGCUCUCUCUUUCCACCUCCCUGUUUCUCCUCUGGCCUCCUGUGGUUCUUCUUGUUGAGGAUGGCCCGCAAGCUGCUGCCCAUGUAAUAGGGACGUGACGCUGAGCCGUCGUUCUUCUCCAGAUCACUC